CUUUUGCGUUGCAGCCCUUUGCUUAACCCUAAAGCCAUUAAGACGUGUAUGCAAUGGGAUCCGCUGGGAAGCCAGGAGGGAAGAACCUGUAAACGCUUGGAAUGGUUUCAAAGGCAAAAUUUGCAUUCCUCUGGGGCGAUCUGAACCUGCUUCCCUGGGAGGUGGUUGUUGGGCCACCCUCUGCACAGCGUUUGGAGGCCUGGAAUUGCCAGAUUUUUGCCAAGGAGCCGGAAUCGCUUGCCACCCAGCUCGGAUCUCGUUUGCGGCUUCACUUCUCCCAUCGUUGCAACAUCCUUUUGUGCUCUAAGUAGAAGACAAAUGGCUGCAGCAGACCCAACUCAGGAGCCAGUGACCUUUGAGGAUGUGGCUGUGUAUUUCACAGAAUCUGAGUGGGCGCUGCUGGAUCUGAGUCAAAGGGCUUUAUACCAGGAGGUCAUGCAGGAGAAUUAUAGGAAUGUGGUUUCACUGGGUUAUGAGCAGGUGAAGGAGGAAGAGGAAAGCUCUCCGCUUGCAAAACCAAGAGAGAUGACUUUGCAAUGGAGCAAAGAGACAGCAACCAAGCAUAGAAAGGAAGGAGAGAACUCCGGACCAAAGAGGAGACAAAAAAUACACCAUUGGAAGAAAGCCAUUUUGGGGGAGGAAAUUAACAAGCAUCCUAGGGAGACGACAAUGCGAGAGGGGAGUCACGGGGGUGGGAUGCAAAAGGCAUGUGCAGAAGAAGCAGAAAGCGAUACACAUUCAACAGCACAACACCUUAAGUGCUUUGCCUGUGGGAGAAUCUGCAGUCACAAUGCUGCCCUUAUUGUCCACUUGAGAUCUCACACUGGAGAGAAGCCAUAUGCGUGUCCUGAUUGCGGGAAAAAGUUUGCUUGCAGGGGAAAUCUUAAUAGACAUGAAAAGGUCCACUCAGGAGAAAAACCGUAUGUAUGUUCAGAGUGUGGGAGAAAGUUCCUCGUCAAAGAACAUCUUACUAGUCAUGAAAAGAUCCAUUUAGGAGAGAAGCCGUACGCAUGUUCCGUUUGUGGGAAAACGUUCAGUUUCAAAGGAAAUCUCAACAGACAUGGAAAAAUCCAUUCGGGAGAAAAACCAUUUACAUGUUCAGGCUGUGGGAAAAAGUUCAUUGACAAAGAACGUCUUACUAGACAUGAAAAGAUCCAUUCCGGAGAAAAACCAUUUAUAUGUUCAGACUGUGGGAAAAACUUCAGUUGCAAAGAAACCCUCAACAGACAUGAGAAAAGGCAUUCUGGAAUGGAGAAAUACACAUGUUCAGAUUGUGGGAAGAACUUCAACCAAAGAGGAAAUCUUAUUAGACAUGAAAAGAUCCAUUCAGGAGAGAAGCUGUUUAAAUGCUUAUACUGUGGGAAAUGCUUCAGAGAGAGAGAGUACCUUAAUGUUCAUGAGAGAAUCCAUACCGGAGAGAAACCCUAUGAAUGCCCAGAUUGUGGGAAAAGCUUCAAAUGUGCAUCAAACUUUAGCAGGCAUAAGAAAACUCACGGAGAAGAAACCCCGCAUCAAUGUUCAUAUUGCGGGGAAAAAAUUGUGACUAUUUCAGACCUUAAACUUCAUGAGAGAAUCCACACUGGUGAGUAAGCUUAUCAGUGCAUUGACUGUAAGAAACGCUUCCUUUGUAACUCCAG